GGCAGCCUUAUUGUGAUAGUAUUUACUUACAGCUAUCUGUACAGGCAGGAGUCGGAGAGAAGACAACCUAUUUCUAAAUGUCGGCUACGAAUUGGAUAAAAGAAAUGAGCUCCCUUGCUUAGUUAUCUUAAGUAAAUAAGGCACCUACACCUAUCCCAGGGAAGGUUCUUCCACCAUGUUGCUUAGGUACCUAGGUAUUAACAAAUACAUGUCUACUCGGUCUUAAGAGAUUUAUUUAUUUGUCCAUUCGGCCCACAAUCUUUAACCCGUCCAAAGGUAACCUACCUAAGCUACUAGCAACCUCGAACUUUCCUAGCAUCAUUUACCAUGGACAACACGAGUCUUUCGACAAUACUGCCUUUUAUCCCAGUCAUAUCAACUACUUGCUCUUUGUGGUUUGCUUGGGACCAGUACGAGUUCCUCACCCUAUUCCGUAAGCCGGACUUGCGAUUAUUAAGCAAUCAACUAUUGCCCUCCUACUUUACCACCUUUUUUAAUCGCGGUGUCCCUAGAGUACUCGGCCUUCUCUCUGCCACUGUCUUUUCAUGCGGCGCAAUUUUGCGAUACUCUCCUGGCACCAUCCUUCGUGAUAGAGGUGCACACCCCUGGUACACUGCAGGCCUCCUCUUUGCCUUGGGGCAUCUGAUAUGGGCCCCCUUCAUUAUCCCCCCUAUCCGAGCUCUUCGGGGAGACGCGAAGGGGAAGAAUGUCGCUGAGCUAGAGCGCUGGCUUUACAUCCAUGUGUGGCGGAGCCUUACCGUUGAUCUAGCAGCUUGGGUUUGCUGUAUUGUUGCCACCCACAAAUUACUCUUUGAGUAAAGAGUUUAUACGCCAGGAGGCGAUAAGCUUUGUAUAAGUGCAUUCAUGUUCAAC